AUGCAAUUUGUUACAUGUUACGUAUUUUACAGUUUUAUUUUUUGUUAUUUUUUUACAGGAGAAGAGAAGUCUCCGUUAUGUGAAGGUUGUACUAUUGAUAUAGAUGAUUGUACUUGUCAAGAUAUCAUAGAUACUUUUCAUUCUGUUAACAGACAACUAGAUGAAAUGGGUAUAUUAGAAAGACUAUCAGGGGCUGCAGUAACAUCAAUAGUUCAUAAUCAAAUACAGAGGUACAUCAAUACAACUUGUAAAGGCAACUUCGAAACUUCUUAUAUCGAUCAUUUAGAAAAGUGGCUGGAUACAAAGGUCUUAGGCUGGUUAAACUCGAUAUACGCAGGAGAGAAAAAUCAGUGCAGUAUCUCGGCAUUCAGGGGCAGAUUACUCCAUUUCUUAUUCGAGACGUAUGCUCACGCUAGAAUAGAACAGUUAUUUGCUAUCGUCAUUGACUACCCUGAGUCUGAGCCAGCCAUCUUGGAUCUGAAAACGUGUCUGGAGAAAACAAAUCUACGUGCGUUAUUGAUGACAUCGUUACGAAAAGAAUUAGAGGAUAGACUUUUACAUCCAGGUGUAAAUACAACAGAUAUAUUACUAGCGUAUAUCUCAGCUAUCAGGUCAUUACGUGUUUUAGACCCAGCUGGCGUUAUACUGGAAAUAGUCAGUGAACCAGUCAGAAAAUACCUCAGAUCAAGAGAAGAUACAGUAAGAUGUAUAGUUCUAUGUUUAACAGAAGAGGGUAGUAAUGAGUUAUUAGAUGAGUUAAUUAAAGGUCAGCCCCUGAUUCUAGAAGAUGAUACCUGUAGUGAUCAGGAGGAGGGUGAUUGGGAAACAUGGAUGCCUGAUCCAGUAGAUGCUGAUCCUUCCUCAACGUCUAAAAGCAGACGGGGGUCUGAUAUUAUCAGUAUGUUAGUGAAUAUCUAUGGAAGUAAAGAAUUAUUCGUUAAUGAAUAUCGAACAUUAUUAACAGACCGUAUACUCAGUCAAUUUAAUUGUGAUAUGGAGAGAGAAUUACGAUAUUUAGAAAUGUUAAAAUUACGAUUUGGAGAAUCUCAGCUCCAUUAUUGUGAAGUCAUGUUAAAAGAUAUCGCAGAUUCUAAAAGAAUCAACAGUAGAAUUGUUCAAGAGAUGGAUAACGCUGGACAAAAAAUGGAUAUUGAUAUAAACGCUCUGAUUCUAUCAGCUCAGUUCUGGCCGUCGUUCCGUGAAGAAAAGAUAACUCUGCCAACAGAGAUGCAGAAAUCACUGGAGGAAUACACCAAAAAAUUUGAGGCCUUGAAAGGAAACAGAACGCUGAAUUGGAAACCACAUUUAGGAAUGAUGAAAAUAGAAGUAGAACAUAAAGGUACCAUGUUGAAUUUCUCGGUAUCUCCUGUACAUGCUGCCAUUAUUAUGAAGUUUCAAACUCAAUCCCGUUGGGAUGUAGAAGAAUUAAGUGGGGUAUUACAGAUGUCAGUUUCCGCUUUAAGACGUAAAAUCACCUACUGGCAAUCACAGGGCUUGCUGAAAGAGGAGGUACCAGAUACCUUCGUUCUGGUGGACGAGGUCAAAGGUCAAGGUCAUGAGGUUGUCAUGGCAGAGGAUGAAUCCGAGUCGGCAAUGACGUCUGCUUACCAACAACGAGAAGAAGAGUUACAGGUAUUUUGGACAUAUAUCGUGGCCAUGUUAACCAACUUAGAGAGUUUACCUCUGGACAGAAUACAUACUAUGUUACGAAUGUUCGCUGUUCAGGGACCUUCCUCUUCAGGGGAGGUAAGCCAGCAGGAGCUAAAAGGAUUUUUAGAUCGUCAAAUCAAGGAUCAGAAGUUAGUGUACGUCAGUGGAGUUUAUCGACUACCAAAAUGA